AGCCCAGUCAGUCUGAGUGCGCCAGAGUUGUUGAAGGUUUAUUACGCUGACGCGGUAUACUAACGAACGAAUUAGUUUAUUUCGAAUUAUUUGUGUGAAUUGGAAAAUAGUCUAGUGUAAAAUAAUCUACUUGUUUUAAGGGAAAACUUGAAGUGCACAUUCGUGGAAGUAAAGAUGUCGUACGGCGCUGAAAGGGCGCUUGCCUAUUUGUAUCCGCUCAUUAUAGCCACCUCUGUCAUUUGCUGCAUCACCUCGGGCGUUGCAUGGGCACAUUGGCGCUAUGUGUUGAAUGCUUGUCCGGAAUCGAAUUGUGGCUGCAUACUGCAUGGACGCUCCACGUACACCAGCUUCGAGGGUGGCCACAUAGCAUAUUGCCAUUACGCCACAUACGGACUGAUCUUUCCACUGUUAUUCGCCAUUGUGUUGGGCAUUUAUCAUGCGUAUAGGAUUUGUAUGGGCACAACUAAACGGAAAACGGGCACCACCACCAUUCGGCAUAGAACCGGUGAUAUGAUUGUCGUCACAGCGGAGUCGGAAUUGACACACAACGGUAUUUCUCCCUAUUACUGGACACCCGCUGCCGGUAUCUCUAGCGUUAUGGCCGUUUACACUUUAAUCUAUGCUGCGAUCUACAGCGAUGGCUUCCGCGUCACUUGCAAGCAGUACAGCGAAUCUUUGCUUAAAGAACUACAGGGCGCUGGCAAUAUUGUGCCAGUCAUAAAAGGACGCCUUUCAUGUGACGCGAUUUUCGAUUUCAUGGACUAUUUGGUGGAGAGCAUUUCGUAUGAGCGUCGCAAAUAUGGACGCAUCAACACCGGAGCUUGCCUCUACAUGACACUCAUAUGCAGUUGGUUAACGGUAAUCUUUUGGAUUAUUAUAACGGUGGUGAAUGUGGUACAAGCACGACGCACACAAUCAGCACGAGUUUAAUAAAGUAUCGGAAUAAAGGCAGUUUAUAUUCUGCUGAAUUAAGACAAAGUUUGCCAUUUAAACAUAAAAACGAAAACGUCCAUAAAUUAAAUUAAUAUGACAAUUGAAUUAUCUUCAUAAACAUAAGCGAACAUUAUUAGAGAUUCUAAUACAACUAAAAUAAAAUAAUAUUUUUAAUAACUAUGUAAGUUAUACACCUAAAACGACAACGACAAAUAGUAUUAAGCACAAAUUUUUAAAACAUUCCACAUUUAUCAUAAUAUUUAUAAUAAAUAAU